AUGAAUAUGAGCUUUGAAGAUCCACAGUCCAAGACUGGAGUUUCAGCUAAACCAUCUAAAGUUCGUGUGAGCAGCCAUGCUCAGCCUAAAAAGGACCGUGAGCAGUUUCGCAGUGCUCUGGUCAGCAUUAUCAUGCAACAGGACACGGCUGCCGGGAGGUCCUUCAUGGAGGAGACGUCUCUUCCCAGGAGUGGAUCCCCUACAGCCACAGAAAAAGACAUUCUGAGAUAUUACUACUACAUACGGAAUGGAAUUGACACCGAACAUGUGGCAGCCAUGGAGGACUCCUGGUUAGAGAAUGUUCUGAGUUUGGUUCCUUUGCACCUAAAAAUGCUUACAACAACCAUCGAGCAGCUGUCAGAUGAGAUGAAGGAGGACUAUCUGAUGAGUGUGAAGAAAGCCAUAGUGGAUUUUGUUCUGAGAGACCCAAGGGAGAAUGAAGAUGAGAAAGUCAAAGAUCUCCCUCCCCACAGAGAAGAAAUAGAAGUGGUUCCAAAGCCAUGGCACAAAACCUUUCUGCAGGCCAAGAAAAGAAUGACGGAGCGUUUGCAUGCCAUCAACCCUACAAUGUUAUCUGUGUUAGACCUGUGGCAUGUGUCCUUCAAGCAGCUGCGCUUAGUUGAUGUGGAGGAGUUCCAUAACAGGCAGGAGUCUAUGGAGCUCCAUGUUUUCCAGCAACUCGUCACCAAGCACAUUGAGAGUGCCAAGGAUGUCCUCCUCAAAAAGUGGUUUCCAGAGAUCCAGCAUAUCUACUACCAGGGUAACAAGCGCAAACUGGUUCCUAGCAACAGCAACCCAGCCAAGCUGCAAUCCUUCUUUAAUUGUGUGGCCACGCUAAUGACCUCCCAUCUCCAGAGCCUGGCGCUGGAGUCCAUGCAGGACUACACACACCUCAUCGCCCAGCACCCCUCUUCCAUACGGGCCUAUGAGCAUCCAGGCUUCAUCCUCCAGCUCAUCCUGGACAGGAACGAGAUCAUUUUUGAACCAGACUUUGGGGACUUUGAGCUGAUCGUACUGAACACCUUUGAUAUGAUGCUGAAAUCCGUCACCCUGGUGCCGCGCGUGGAGACUAAACUCUACUCAGAAUGGCCGGGGACUCAGGUGGGGGGCAACCUGCGGCCGGUGAUCCUCCCGGAGAUCCUGGCGGCGCAGCGGGAGCUGGUGCAGCGCGUGCUGCGCGAGGAGACGGCCGGCCCGCUGGAGCACCUGCGCCUCUACGACAAGUACGCGCCGCUGGUGACCAAGCAGGCCGAGGAGGACGUGGAGCAGUUCCUGCGCGACCAGCACUCCUUCCAGGAGAUGAUGAUGGAGGUCACGCGCUACCAGCAGAACGCCGACGACAUCAAGUACAACUCCAUCAAGGUGCUGCGUCUGGGUAUGUUCGAGGUGCACUGCACCGAGCUGAUCCACGCUCUGGUGAAGCAGGCCGAGGCUCUGUGCCAGAAGCUCAUCAACCGCAUGCUGGAGGAACACCAGGAGCUCAACACCAAGCUGUGUGCUGAAUAUGAGAAGAUAGCAGAGAAGGCCCUGAGCACGCCCCCGAGCACGCAGGAGCUGAUGGAGCUGAAGGCGUACAUCAAGACGGUGGAAUCUAAAGACAUUCCUCUGCUGGAGAGCAAACUGCUUGAAUCCAAAACCCGGCUGUGCUUCCUGGUGGACUAUGUGACCUUCUCGCCGCUGGACAUUCGUCUCAACAGACAGCCCUUCCAGUGGCAGUCGCGCAUGCCGUCCAUCUUCGAGGAGCACCAGAAGAUUGUCACCGAGAAGACUGACCAGUACCAGGAGGGGCUCAAGCUGCGAUGCACAAGGUUUGUGGAAGAGCUGGAGAACUAUUCCAAACAAGUGGAAGAGUUUUUCACGUUUGGGGAUCUUUCCGACCUCAACAAGUACCUGAAGAAGGCUCAGUCCCUGAAUGCCAAACUAGACGCAGCGACCGAAAAGAUCGAAGGCUUCAACAUGGAGGAGGAGGCCUACGGCUGGCCCAUCUCGCAGUACCCCGGCCGCAAGAAGGUGCACGAGUCCCUGCUGCCCUACCUGCGCCUGUACGAGACGGCCGCGGAGUUCCAGACGCAGCACAGGGCCUGGGUGCACGGCCCGCUGGCCGGCGUCAACCCGGACAAGGUGGAGGGCGACGUGGGCAACUACUGGCGCGCCCUCUACAAGCUGGAGAAGGGCUUCCAGGGCUCGCCCAAGGCCCUGCACAUCGCCACCCACGUCAAGCAGGAGGUGGAGGCCUUCCGGGAGAACCUGCCCCUGGUGCAGGUGCUGUGCAACCCGGGCCUGCGCGAGCGCCACUGGGAGAGCAUGGCGGAGGUGGUGGGCUUCCCGCUCAAGCCGCAGGACGAGGCGACGGCCUGCGUGGCCCACUUCCUGCCGCUGGGCCUGGAGGCGCACCUGGCCAGCUUCGAGCUGGUCAGCGAGGCGGCCAGCAAGGAGCACUCGCUGGAGAAGGCCAUGGAGCGCAUGGAGGGCGAGUGGGGCGACAUCCAGUUCGCGCUGCUGCCCUACCGCGAGACGGGCACCUCCAUCCUGUCGUCGGUGGAGGAGAUCCAGAUGCUGCUGGACGACCACAUCGUCAAGACGCAGACCAUGCGGGGCUCGCCCUUCAUCAAGCCCUUUGAGAACGAGAUACGUGAGUGGGAGGGGAAGCUGCUCCUGCUGCAGGAGAUCCUGGACGAGUGGCUGAAGGUGCAGUCCACCUGGCUCUACCUGGAGCCCAUCUUCAGCUCGCCGGACAUCAUGGCCCAGAUGCCCGAGGAGGGCCGCCGCUUCACCGCCGUCGACAAGACCUGGCGCGACACCAUGAAGCAAGUCUCCCUGGACAAGCAUGUGCUGGCUGUGGUCGCUAUCGAUAAAAUGGUGGAAAAAUUAAAGAAAUCCAAUGAGUUCCUUGAGCUGAUCUUGAAAGGUCUCAACGAGUACUUGGAGAAAAAACGUCUUUAUUUCCCAAGAUUCUUCUUCCUCUCUAACGACGAGCUCCUGGAGAUCCUGUCUGAAACCAAGGACCCUACCAGAGUGCAGCCCCACCUGAAGAAGUGCUUCGAGGGCAUCGCCAGCGUGGUGUUCACCGACGUGCUGGACAUCACGCACAUGAAGAGCAGCGAGGGCGAGGUGGUGGAGCUGCUGGAGACCAUCUCCACCUCCAAGGCCCGCGGCCAGGUGGAGAAGUGGCUGCUGGAGCUGGAGAGCGGCAUGCUGGGCUCCCUGCGCAAGGUGAUUGGUGAAGCUAUAGAAGCUUAUCCAAAGGACCUGCGAAUCGACUGGGUGCGAGAAUGGCCUGGCCAGACAGUUCUGUGUGUGUCCCAAGUGUACUGGACCAAAGACAUCCACGAAGCCAUCGCAAAAGGGCCUCAGUACCUGGAGGAGUACCUGCAGCAGAACAACCGGCAGAUCGACGACAUCGUCACGCUGGUGCGGGGCAAGCUGUCCAAGCAGAACCGCGUCACGCUGGGCGCCCUGGUGGUGCAGGACGUGCACGCCCGCGACGUCCUGGCCUCCCUGGUCGCCAAGAACGUCACCGAGGAGACCGACUUUGAGUGGCUCAGCCAGCUGCGCUACUAUUGGAUCGAAGAACAGCUUCAGACCAAAAUGAUUAAUGCAGGUUUGGCCUACGGCUACGAGUACCUCGGGAACACUCCUCGUCUGGUCAUCACCCCUCUGACUGACCGCUGCUACAGAACUCUGUUUGGGGCUCUGCACUUGCACCUGGGAGGCGCUCCCGAGGGUCCAGCCGGAACUGGGAAGACGGAGACCACCAAGGACUUGGCCAAAGCCGUCGCCAAGCAGUGCGUCGUCUUCAACUGCUCCGAUGGCUUAGAUUACAUCGCUCUUGGCAAGUUCUUCAAGGGCCUGCUCUCCUGCGGCGCCUGGGCCUGCUUCGACGAGUUCAACCGCAUCGACCUGGAGGUGCUGUCGGUGGUGGCCCAGCAGAUCCUGACCAUUCAGAGAGGCAUUUGUGCCAAUGCCGAGUUACUGCUGUUUGAAGGCACGGAACUGAGGCUCAACCCAACCUGUGCUGUCUUCAUCACCAUGAACCCUGGCUACGCUGGACGCUCUGAGCUGCCCGAUAACCUGAAGGCCCUGUUCCGUACGGUGGCCAUGAUGGUGCCGGACUACGCUCUCAUUGCCGAGAUCGUGCUGUACUCGUGCGGCUUUGUGCGGGCGCGGCCGCUCUCGGUGAAGAUCGUGGCCACGUACCGCCUGUGCUCCGAGCAGCUCUCCUCCCAGCACCACUACGACUACGGCAUGAGGGCCGUCAAGUCCGUGCUCACGGCAGCGGGCAACCUGAAGCUGAAGUAUCCCGAAGAAGACGAAGACAUCCUGCUGCUGAGGUCCAUUAUUGAUGUUAAUCUGCCCAAGUUCUUGGCUCACGACCUGCCCCUGUUUGAGGGCAUCACCUCGGACCUGUUCCCCGGGGUGACGCUGCCCAAGCCCGACUACCGGGACCUGCUGGAGGCCAUCCGGGAGAACUGCGAGAAGAUGAACCUGCAGAUGACCGACUUCUUCACCGAGAAGAUCCUGCAGAUCUUCGAGAUGAUGAUCGUGCGCCACGGCUUCAUGCUGGUGGGCGAGCCCUUCGGCGGCAAGACGUGCGCCUACCGGGUGCUGGCCGCCGCGCUCCACGACAUCUGCGAGAAGGGCCUGAUGGAAGAAAAUAGAGUGCAGAUCACCGUCAUCAACCCCAAGUCCAUUACCAUGGGUCAGCUCUAUGGUCAGUUUGACCCCAUCUCGCAUGAGUGGUCAGAUGGCAUUCUGGCUGUGAGCUACAGAGCCUUUGCAGUAUCGCAGAGCCCCGACAGGAAGUGGCUGAUCUUCGACGGGCCGGUGGACGCCGUUUGGAUCGAGAACAUGAACACGGUGCUGGACGACAACAAGAAGCUGUGCCUGAUGAGCGGCGAGAUCAUCCAGAUGUCCCCGCAGAUGAGCCUCAUCUUCGAGCCCAUGGACCUGGAGGUGGCCUCCCCCGCCACGGUGUCCCGCUGCGGCAUGAUCUACAUGGAGCCCCACAUGCUGGGCUGGAGGCCCGUCAUGGUGUCCUGGCUGAACACGCUGCCCGCGGCCGUGCGGCCCCUGCACCGGGAGCUGCUGAGCGGCCUCUUCGACAGGAUGCUGCCCCCCUGCCUGGAGCUGGUCCGCAAGGCCACCAAGGAGCUGUCCCCCACGUCCGACACCAACCUGGCCCACUCCCUGAUGAAUCUGAUGGACUGCCUGAUGGACGAGUUCAGGGACGAGGCCAAGAUGAAGAGCAUGGGCGAGAGAGACAUAUGCUCCUGGCUGGAGGGUAUGUUCGUCUUCUCGCUGGUGUGGUCAGUGGGCGCCAGCUGCGAGGAGAAAGGCCGGCUCAAGUUCGACGCUCUGGUGCGCGAGCUGCUCGCGGGCGGCCUGAGCGAGGAGACGCGCAUGCUCCACGGCCUCCUGGACUCGGUCGAGCCGCCCGCCAAGCAGCUGACCGUGCCGCUGCCCGGGGAGGGCACGCUCUACCAGUACCGCUUCAUCAAGGAGGGCUCAGGCAGGUGGGAGCUGUGGACGGAUGAGCUGCAGACGGCGCCCGCCAUCCACAAGGACAUGCAGUUCAACGAGAUCAUCGUGCCCACGGAGAACACGGUGCGCUACACCGCGCUCAUGGAGCUGCUGGUCACCCACCAGAAGCCCACCGUCUUCAUCGGCCCCACGGGCACCGGGAAGAGCGUCUACAUCAUAGACUUCCUGCUGAGGCGUCUGACCAAAGACGUGUACACCCCGCUUCAGAUCAACUUCUCGGCGCAGACAACGGCGGCCCAGACCCAGAACAUCAUCAUGUCCAAGCUGGACAAGCGGCGCAAGGGUCUGUACGGCCCUCCCAUGGGCAAGAGAACGGUGGUGUUUGUGGACGACGUGAACAUGCCGGCGCGCGAGACAUACGGCGCCCAGCCGCCCGUGGAGCUCCUGAGGCAGUGGCUGGACCACUGGAACUGGUACGACCUGAAGGACUGCUCCAUGAUCAACCUGGUGGACAUCCAGAUCAUGUGCGCCAUGGGGCCGCCCGGUGGUGGAAGAAACCCAGUGACCCCCCGAUUCCUUCGCCACUUCAACACGGUGACCAUUAAUGACUUUGAUGAGAAGACCAUGUACACCAUCUUCUCCCGCAUCCUGGAUUGGCACCUGUCCAUCCGGUUUGCCUUCCCGAAGCCAUUUGCCAGUCUGACCUCCCAGAUUGUAAACGGCACCAUGUUCGUGUACCAGGAGGCCACGAAGAACCUUCUGCCCACCCCCGCCAAGUCCCACUACCUAUUCAACCUCCGCGACUUCUCGCGCGUCAUUCAGGGAGUCUGUCUGUCCAGGCCAGAGACGGCCGAGGACCCCAAAGCCAUCAAGCGCCUCUGGGUGCAUGAGGUCCAGCGGGUGUACUACGACCGGCUGGUGCACAAGUCCGACCAGACGUGGAUGGUGGGCUUCCUGCAGAAGGUGUGCGACAGCCACCUGCAGGAGAACUUCCACCGGCUCUUCCAGCACCUGGCCCAGGACGACGACGGCGCCGUGACCGAGGACGACCUGCGCAGCCUCAUGUUCUGCGACUUCCACGACCCCAAGGGCGAGGACCGCAACUACCGCGAGGUGGCCGACCUGGAGCGCCUGCGGCAGGUGGUGGAGGGCCACCUGGAGGAGUUCAACAACGUCAGCAAGGCGCCCAUGAACCUGGUGCUCUUCCGCUUCGCCAUCGAGCACGUGUGCCGCAUCUCGCGCGUCAUCAAGCAGCCGCGCGGCCACGCCCUGCUGGUGGGCGUCGGGGGCAGCGGGCGGCAGUCGCUGACGCGGCUGGCCGCGCACAUGGCCGAGACGGAGCUCUUCCAGGUGGAGAUCUCCAAGAGCUACGGCAUGACGGAGUGGCGCGACGACCUCAAGGUCAUCAUGCGCAAGUCCACGUCCACCGACACGCACGGCGUCUUCCUCUUCACCGACACGCAGAUCAAGAUGGAGUCCUUCCUGGAGGACGUCAGCAACCUGCUGAACACGGGCGAGGUGCCCAAUCUGUUUGCGGUGGACGAGAAGCAGGAGAUCUGCGAGCGCAUGCGCGUGCUGGACCGGCAGCGCGAGCGCGACAAGCAGACGGACGGCAGCCCGCUGGCGCUCUUCAACAUGUUCCUGGAGCGCUGCCGCAGCCAGCUGCACGUGGUGCUGGCCAUGAGCCCCAUCGGAGACGCCUUCCGCAGCCGCCUGCGCCGCUUCCCCGCGCUCAUCAACUGCUGCACCAUCGACUGGUUCCAGAGCUGGCCGGAGGACGCCCUGCAGGCGGUGGCCUCGCGCUUCCUGGAGGACGUGGAGAUGGACGACGAGGCGCGCUCGGGCUGCAUCAGCAUGUGCAAGAGCUUCCACACGUCCACCAUCAACCUCUCCGCCCGCUUCCUGGCCGAGCUGCAGCGCCACAACUACGUCACCCCCACCUCCUACCUGGAGCUCAUCUCCACCUUCAAGACGCUGCUGCAGAAGAAGAGAGCCGAGGUGAUGACGCUGAAGCGGCGCUACGAGGUGGGCCUGGACAAGCUGCAGUCGGCGGCGGCGCAGGUGGCCACCAUGCAGGUGGAGCUGGAGGCGCUGCAGCCGCAGCUGGUGGUGGCCAGCAAGGAGGUGGACCAGAUGAUGGUGGUCAUCGAGCACGAGUCCGUGGAGGUGGCCAAGACCGAGAAGGUGGUGCGCGUGGACGAGGCCGUGGCCAACGACCAGGCCAUGGCCGCCAAGGCCAUCAAGGACGAGUGCGACGCCGACCUCGCCGUGGCCAUGCCCGUGCUGGAGUCGGCCCUCUCCGCCCUCAACACGCUCACCCAAGCGGACAUCACCAUGGUGAAGGCGAUGAAGAGCCCGCCGGCCGGCGUGAAGCUGGUGAUGGAGGCCAUCUGCAUCCUGAAGGGCAUCAAGCCCGACCGCAUCCCCGACCCGUCGGGCUCGGGCAAGAAGGUGGAGGACUACUGGGGCCCCGCCAAGAAGCUGCUGGGCGACAUGAAGUUCCUGCAGAGCCUGCACGAGUACAACAAGGACGCCAUCCCGCCCAGCCAGAUCGCCGUCAUCCGCAACAAGUACAUCACCAACCCGGACUUCGUCCCCGAGAAGAUCCGCGUGGCGUCCACCGCCGCCGAGGGCCUCUGCAAAUGGGUGUGCGCCAUGGACUCCUACGACAAGGUUGCCAAGGUGGUGGCGCCCAAGAAAGAGAAGUUGGCGCAGGCGGAGGGUGAGCUGAAGGUCGCCAUGGAGAGCCUGCAGAAGAAGCAGGCCGCCCUCAAAGAGGUCCAGGACAAACUGGCCAAUCUGCAGGAGACGCUGGAGGCCAACAAGACCAAGAAGGCUGACCUGGAAAACCAGGUGGAUCUGUGCAGCAAGAAGCUGGAGCGUGCCGAGCAGCUGAUCGGCGGCCUGGGCGGGGAGAAGACGCGCUGGAGCGAGACGGCGCUCCACCUGGGCGAGCUCUACACCAACCUGACCGGAGACAUCCUCAUCUCGGCGGCCGUCGUGGCCUACCUGGGGGCCUUCACGUCCAGCUACAGACAGGCUGCCACUGCAGAGUGGAUGGACCUGUGUAAGUCCAGGGAGAUCCCCUGCUCCAAGAACAUGUCCCUGAUGAACUCCCUGGGGGAGCUGGUGAAGAUCCGCAGCUGGACCAUCGCCGGCCUGCCGUCCGACAGCUUCUCCAUCGACAACGGCAUCAUCAUCUCCAACGCUCGCCGCUGGCCCCUGAUGAUCGACCCGCAGGGCCAGGCCAACAAGUGGGUGAAAAACAUGGAGAAGGCCAACAGCCUGCACAUCAUCAAGCUGAGCGACGGCGACUUUGUGCGCACCCUGGAGAACUGCAUCCAGUUCGGCAACCCAGUGCUGCUGGAGAACAUUGGUGAGGAGCUGGACCCCAUCCUGGAGCCUCUGCUGCUCAAGCAGACCUUCAAGCAGGGCGGCAGCAUCUGCAUCAGGAUGGGCGACUCCACCAUCGAGUACGCGCCCGACUUCCGCUUCUACAUCACCACCAAGCUCAGGAACCCCCACUACCUGCCUGAGACCUCAGUCAAGGUGACCCUGCUGAACUUCAUGAUCACCCCGGAGGGCAUGCAGGACCAGCUGCUGGGCAUCGUGGUGGCCCGGGAGAGGCCCGACCUGGAGGAGGAGAAACAGGCCCUCAUCCUGCAGGGGGCAGAGAACAAGAGGCAGCUGAAAGAGAUCGAGGAUAAGAUUUUGGAGGUGCUCUCCUCGUCCGAGGGGAACAUCCUGGAGGACGAGACGGCCGUCAAGAUCCUCUCCUCGUCCAAGGUGCUGGCCAACGAGAUCUCGGAGAAGCAGGCCAUCGCCGAGGUGACGGAGGUGAAGAUCGACGAGACGCGGAUGGGCUACACGCCCAUCGCCGUGCACUCGGCCAUCCUGUUCUUCUCCAUCGCCGACCUGGCCAACAUCGAGCCCAUGUACCAGUACUCCCUCACCUGGUUCAUCAACCUCUUCAUCCUGUCCAUCGACAACUCGGACAAGAGUGACAUCCUGGAUCAAAGAUUGCAGAUCCUUCGAGACCACUUCACCUACUCGCUGUACGUCAAUGUGUGCCGAUCGCUCUUUGAGAAGGACAAGCUGCUCUUUUCCUUCUGCCUCAACGUCAACCUGCUCAAACAUGAAAAGCUGGUGGACGAGAGCGAGUGGCGCUUCCUGCUGACGGGCGGCGUGGGGCUGGACAACCCCUACUCCAACCCGUGCACGUGGCUGCCCAAGAAGGCCUGGGACGAGCUCUGCCGGCUGGACGAGAUGGAGCGCUUCGGCGGCCUGCGCAAGAGCCUGGCAGCCCUGAAGGACGGCUGGAAGACGGUGUACGACAGCAAGGACCCUCAUCACACCACAUUUCCAGGAGACUGGCAAGAAAAGCUUGGCAAUUUCCAGAGAAUGCUAAUCAUUCGUUGCUUGAGACCAGACAAGCUCAUCCCCAUGGUCCAAGAGUUUGUGGCGGGCAGUCUGGGCCAGCAGUUCAUCGAGGCCCCGCCGUUCAACCUGGGCAAGGCCUUCGGCGACAGCCACUGCUGCGCCUCGCUCAUCUUCAUCCUGUCGCCCGGCUCCGACCCCAUGGCUGCGCUGCUCAAGUUUGGAGAGGAACAGGGCUUCACAGGGAACAGGCUGACCUCGCUGUCUCUGGGCCAAGGACAAGGCCCCAUCGCCAUGAGUAUGAUCCAGACAGGCAUCAAGGAGGGCACCUGGGUGGUCCUGCAGAACUGCCACCUGGCCACCUCCUGGAUGUCCACCUUGGAGCGCGUGUGUGAGGAGCUGAACCCGGACACCACCCACCCGGACUUCCGCCUGUGGCUGACCAGCUACCCCUCGCCCAACUUCCCCGUGGCCGUGCUCCAGAACGGGGUGAAGAUGACCAACGAGGCGCCCAAGGGCCUGCGCGCCAACAUCGCCCGCUCCUUCUCCAUGGACCCCAUCUCCGACCCCGAGUUCUUCAACAGCAGCAGCAAGCCGGCCGUGUUUAAGAAGCUGCUGUACGGCUUGUGCUUCUUCCACGCGCUGGCCCAGGAGAGGAGGAAGUUCGGCCCACUGGGCUGGAACAUCCCCUACGAGUUCAACGAGACCGACCUGCGCAUCUCCGUGCAGCAGCUGCACAUGUUCCUGGACCAGUAUGAAGAAGUGCCCUACGCUGCCAUCCUCUACAUGACGGGCGAGUGUAACUACGGCGGCCGCGUGACAGACGACUGGGAUCGGCGAACCCUGCGCACCAUCCUCUCCAUCUUCUACAAGCCCGACAUCAUCGACGACCCCGACUACAAGUUUGACCCCAGCGGCCUGUACUACGCGCCCUCCGAGGGAGAUUAUAAUAGCUACAUUGAGUACACCAAGGCCCUCCCUCUCUAUCCCUCGCCGGAAAUCUUUGGCAUGAACAUCAACGCCGACAUCACCAAGGACCAGGUGGAGACGCAGCUCCUUCUCGAUAGCAUCCUGCUCACCCAGUCUCGCUCGUCGGGGGGAGACGUCAAGUCCUCAGACGACAUGGUGUUCGAGGUGGCGGCCGACAUUCUGAGCAAGCUGCCGCCGGACUUCGACAUCGAGGCGUCCAUGCGGGCGUUCCCGACCAGCUACAACCAGAGCAUGAACACGGUGCUGGUGCAGGAGAUGGGCCGCUUCAACAAGCUGCUCCAGACCAUCCGCGACUCCUGCGUCAACAUCCAGAAGGCCAUCAAGGGCUUGGUGGUGAUGUCGGCCGAGCUGGAGGAGGUGGUGAACAGCAUCCUGACGGGUAGGAUCCCGGGGAUGUGGAUGAAGAAGUCUUUCCCCAGCCUUAAGCCCUUGGGAGGCUACGUCAACGACUUCUUGGCCAGACUCAAAUUUUUGCAGGACUGGUACGAACACGGCACGCCGGCGGUGUUCUGGAUGUCGGGCUUCUUCUUCACCCAAGCCUUCCUGACGGGGGGCCAGCAGAACUACGCCCGGAAACACACCAUCCCCAUCGACCUCCUGGGCUUCGAAUACGAGGUCAUGGACGACAAGGAGUACAAGAAGCCUCCAGAGGAUGGUGUCUACAUUCGGGGACUGUUUCUGGACGGGGCUCGCUGGGACCGUAAAACGAAGCUCUUGGCAGAGUCCUACCCGAAAGUACUUCAUGACACAAUGCCUGUGAUCUGGCUCAAGCCCAUAAAGAAGACGGACAUCUCGGAGCGCAUGAGCUACCUGGCGCCCGUCUACAAGACCAGCGAGCGGCGGGGCACGCUCUCCACCACCGGCCACUCCACCAACUACGUCAUCUCCAUGACGCUCAACACCAACGUGCCCCCCGAGCACUGGGUCUGCCGCGGGGUGGCGCUGCUGUGCCAGCUCAGCUCCUAGAGGGGGCGCCGCUGCACCCACGUGCGGCCACCCUCAAACCGCAGCCACUUUAUUAAAAUGCACCUAUUUAUGCCUGCUGCUGGAGGUCUGUUUACCAGAGGGCUGAGUAACUCUUAAGAUGAAAGCUUACUUGAAAGCUUACAAAUGGAAAAAAUAAAAAAUAUUUAUUAGAUUACGUUUGUCUCUGAGUCAAGCAGUUGCGAGAAGCUGCAAAGCAUUGCUGAUGUUUAAGUUAAGAGAAUACACAUACUGGAGUAAGCAGUUUA